AUGUCCUACAUAAAGCCAGGAUUUAAGCAUGAAGAUCUAUCCGAAAAAAUGUUUGAUCAUCUGAUUGAAUCCAACCAUCUAAAAAAAGAAUUCUCUGAGCCUGACCUUGCAUUUAUAAAAGAGCUUAUAAAGGGUGUCUCAUUGUCAGACGUGCAGGAUCCAUGGCCAUAUAAAGGAAGACCAGUAGAGAAAAUGUUCCUUUAUCAGAUUGUGGCCAACAAAGAAAAUGGCAUUGAUGUGGAUAAAUUUGACUACUUAGCCAGGGACUGUUACCAUCUGGGAAUUCAGAAUAGUUUUGACUACAAGCGAUUUCUCAAAUUUGCCCGCGUUUGUGAUGUUGGUAACAAGAAACACAUCUGUGUCCGAGACAAGGAAGUUUGGAAUCUGUACAAUAUGUUCUACACGCGGUAUGGCCUGUACCGGAGAACGUGCCACCACAGAGUUGUGAAUGUCAUUGAAAUAAUGAUUGGGGAAGCUUUUGGAGAAGCGGACGAAUACAUUGCAAUGAAAGGUUCGGAGGUAGAGCCUUUCACCAUCUCUGGUGCUGUGAAUGAUAUGGUGGCUUAUACUAAACUGACAGAUGCAAUCUUCCUGCAGAUUCUGUAUUCAAGUGAUCCCAACCUGUCUGCUGCCAAGGAAAUCUUAGAGAAGAUAGUACACCGCAAGUUUUACAGCUACUUGGGAGAGGCAACUCCCGAUCCAACCGGCACAGAAACCCUGGAUAAAAGUCAGUUAUCGGAAGAACUGGCUAAAGCCGUUACUUCAGGAGAUCCCGAUAUGAGAUGUACCAGGGAGGAUUUUGUGGUAGAUGUGUUUGUUAUGGAUUAUGGAAUGAAGGAAAAAAAUCCCAUAGACAAAGUUUACUUCUAUAGCAAGAACAACCCAAAGGAAGCAUUUAACAUCCGCAGAGAAGAGGUCUCCUAUCUGCUUCUAGAGAAUUUCUCAGAACGGAUUAUCCGUGCCUACUGCAAAAAAACUGAUGAUGAGAAUUUACUGAAAGCUGCAAAGAAUGGCUUCAUGCAGUUGUGCCAGGACAAAGGCUUCUCAGUUCGCCAGGGUGGUGAAGCUGGGGCUGGAGAAACUGGGGAUGGAGAUGGUUAAAUUGAGGUUCAGCUGUCUCAGCAGUCUUGUCUUACAAAUAUUCUACACACAUGUUGGCGCUUUAUAAAUACAUGUUAACAAUAAUAAUAAUGUCCCCCCUAUCUAUUAACGUGACUACACAUUCGUACCGGUGCACUAUCCCAUAACAACCAACCUAAAAGUAAGCUUUGACAUAACACUCUUCCAUGUCUGAACCAGAAUCACCAACACUUGAACAACUUGUCUGGGAAUCUUUGUAGCUGUUCCUUCAUACCAUAAGAGAAUGAAGCGAUUACAGGACACUCAACCUGGGUCAAUGGGGCCUUCACUCCCUCAAACAGGCCAUUCAUAUUUUUUUCGUUUAAAAAAUACUGUUCUCUACAAUCUCGUUGCAGCCUCCUGACAUAGAUAUAGACCAAUUAAACUCUCACAACGCAGUGGAAACAAACCAGUAUGUUCCAGCAUCUGAUGAGAAAACAUUGCCAGAAGAGAAGGGAUGACCAAUUUUUUUAUAUUAAUGCCCUUUGUUUCAUGAUAUAAGACAAGGCAGCUUAUCUGAUAUAGUAUAAUGUAAUACACAGAUUUUCUGAUAAGUUUAUAUAUUCUGUUUAUCACUGCAAUAGGAAAUCUUCUGGUGGUUUCUGGGUAGUGCAUGUAAAUAUCAAAUAAUAAAAGCUCAGUGUGCUUGCACAAACUGUU